GCAGCCUGCCGUCAGUACAGCCCAAUCUCAUUAAACCUCGUGCGCGAGUGUGAAAUAUCGCGAUAGUCCCCACUCAUCCUCACUACGUAAUGUGCCGUGCUGCUUAUGGCGGCGCUGGUGACAGUGCUGAAAGCUGUUGGGUAUGAAGUGAAAAAGAACUGACUUUUGUACCAUCUGAAACUCCUACUUCAAGUUCAGAUCAAUCGGAAGAAACAAAUCAAGGAAAAAAACGAAGAACACGCCUGAAAACGACCCAAUGACGCACCAGUUUUGAAGAAAAGCCUAGACCGAACUUCAACCCCAACGACCAAACUAAGCAACCAAAGAAAUAUAAAGACGGCUACGCCUGACGCAACCGACCAUCAACGUUAACCGCAAAGACGAUUUGUGAUCUGAGACAAGAAGUUUGUGCCUACUCAACAGCUUUGACAAAGCACACGUCCCAACGCUGCUCCAAGCCCUCCUUAUCCUCCCCGCACUUCCACUCCACUGGGGUGCGGAGUGGGCUGCUGUCUGCUAGUUUAACUUUCUUUCUCUUCCUGUUAUUUCGCGCUGUUCAUCUUGUCCCAACCAGUGUUCUCACACCUGCAUUUGCCUUGUUUCUUUAUUUCUUUUGUCCUUUUUUCUUCUUAUUUUUUUGGAAGCUUUUUUUCAAAUUAGAACGUGUUCCAGACAUCCGAGGAAAACAAAAGUGUGCGUGUACUUAAGAACAAAGAGAUUAAAUCUUUGGCUCAGUGUUAAGUGUGACGUCAAAACACCAUAUCAAGCCAUCUAAGCAAGUGCCCUUCAGCCAUGAGCGCUCCAAUAAAGAUGGAGAGAGUAUAUACUGAAUCAGCUGCCCCCACUGUCGCUGCUUCUCUCCCCUCCACCUUCAGCCAACCAAUUCCCCGCUCUGCCUCCGUCUCUUGCCACACUCCUCGUGCGGCAGGGGGCAAAAAGCAAAAGCGGACUCCAUUGUACCAGAGAUCUAUGAGUUUCGACCCAAGCCUACUGCAUAGCAAUGGCUUUGCUAACGGCACUGGAGUGGGCCUCCGGGAGACUGGUGUGGUGGAGAAGCUGCUUAGCUCCUACGGCUUUAUCCAGUGCUCGGAGAGACAGGCUCGCCUGUUCUUCCACUGCUCCCAGUACAAUGGCAACCUGCAGGAGCUCAAGAUUGGAGAUGAUGUGGAGUUUGAGGUGUCGUCUGACAAGCGCACAGGCAAACCAAUUGCUGUGAAGCUGGUAAAGAUCAAGGCCGAAGUCCUGCCCGAAGAACGAAUCUCUGGGCAGGUGGGACCAGACUUGCACGCCUCUCCCUUUACUAUGCUGCAUGGUUAUAUACAUCCAGUUGUCUCAGCCAUCCCCAACCACCUGGAUGGAAGGUCUGCUCCUGGCCAGGUCCCCACCGGCAGUGUGUGCUAUGAGAGAAACGGGGAAGUGUUUUAUCUCACUUACACCCCUGACGAUGUGGAGGGCAACCAACAACUGGAAACAGGAGAUAAAGUCAGCUUCUACAUGGAGACUAACAAGCACACUGGAGCUGUCAGUGCCCAUAACAUCAUGUUGGUCAAGAAGAAGCCGAUGAGGUGCCAGGGGGUGGUGUGUGCCACUAAGGAUGCAUUUGGAUUUAUUGAGCGAGCGGACGUGGUGAAAGAGAUUUUCUUUCACUACAGUGAGUUCAAGGGUGACCUGGAGGCACUGCAGGCUGGAGAUGAUGUGGAGUUUUCCAUUAAGGACCGAAAUGGGAAAGAGGUUGCUACGGAUGUUCGUCUGCUUCCCCCAGGCACGGUUAUAUUUGAAGAUAUCAGUAUUGAACAGUUUGAGGGCACGGUCACCAAGGUUAUCCCUAAAGUUCCCACCAAGAAUCAGAAUGACCCGUUACCUGGACGAAUUUGUGCAAGGAUUAAUUUCAGCCAAAAGGAGCUUCUGUUCGGGGAGAAAGACACAAAGUCCAAAGUGACACUUUUGGAAGGAGACCAUGUCCAGUUCAACAUUUCCACUGACCGUCGAGACAAGCUUGAGCGAGCUACAAACAUUGAUAUACUGCCUGACACCUUUCACUUUACUAAGGAGUCUCGUGAAAUGGGUGUGAUCGCUGCAAUGCGUGAUGGGUUUGGCUUUAUUAAGUGUGUGGACCGUGAUGCUCGAAUGUUCUUCCACUUUAGUGAGGUUUUGGAGGAGAGCCCACUGCACAUUUCAGAUGAAGUGGAGUUUACUGUUGUCCCUGACAUGCUGUCAGCCCAGAGGAACCAUGCAGUGCGGAUCAAGAAGCUGCCCAAGGGCACAGUGUCUUUCCACACACAGUCUGAACAGCGCUUUCUGGGUGUUGUGGAGAAGGAGGCCACAGCUGCCUCCAAUGGCAAGACUAAUGCCAGCCCCAACAAGGGUAAAGAGAAGAAAAAAGAUAAGGCUAAAGUUGAGAAGGAAGCAGAGGAAGGCGUGAUUGUGUAUGAAGACUGUGGAGUGAAGCUGACUGUACCCUAUCAUAUCAAAGACCUAGAGGGCGGAGUGCUCCCUCAAGUUGGAGAUAAGGUGGAGUUUGCAAUCAGCGAAGUAAAGCGUACUGGCCAGCAGAGCGCUGUCUCCAUCAAGAUCUUAAACCGCACCACUAAUACCAAGAGGCUCCUGGGCUACAUAGCGACACUUAAAGACAACUUUGGCUUUAUCGAAACCGCCAAUCAUGACCAAGAGAUCUUCUUUCACUUCAGUGAGAUGUGUGGUAAUAUGGACAACCUGGACCUGGGAGAUACGGUCGAAUACACUCUGUCUAAGGGCAAAGGGAACAAAGUCAGCGCUGAGAAGGUCACCAGAGUCCCACAUGUGAAUGGACUGGGUGAGGACAUUGGCAGUACUGUGUUUUCGGGAAAGGUGAUCCGGCCCCUGCGUAGUGUGGAUCCAUCUCAGACUGAAUACCAAGGACUUAUUGAGGUAACAGAAGAAGGCUCCAGUAAAGGUCAGAAUUACCCAUUCGGAAUCGUUAGCAUGACCAGUAAACGAGAUUGCCUGCAGAAAGGGGAGAUGGUGAAGUUUCAGCUGUGUACCGUGCCUCAGACAGGACAGAGGAUGGCAUGCAACGUCGUUCCACAGCGUAGAGCUUUGGUGGAAUGUGUUAAAGACCAGUUUGGUUUCAUCACGUAUGAGGUAGGCGAGAGUAAGAAGCUGUUCUUCCACAUGAAGGAGGUGCAGGACGGCUUGGAGCUCCAGGCUGGAGAUGAAGUGGAGUUCUCGGUUAUCCUGAACCAGCGCACGGGAAAGUGCAGUGCCUGCAAUGUCCGCAGAGUCAGCGAGGGUCCUAAAGCAGUGGCAACACCUCGCCCUGACCGCCUGGUGAACCGCCUGAAGAGCAUCACCCUGGACGAUGCCAGCGCCCCGCGUCUGGUGAUCAUUCGACAACCCCGGGGCCCUGAUAAUUCAAAGGGCUUUAAUGUGGAGAGGAAACCUCGCCAGGCCGGCGUGAUUGACUGAUCUACUAUUUGCUGCUCCUCCCUCUCCACAUUGACAACACCUCAGAGAAAAGAAGCAAUCAAGACUAAAGGACAGGGAAGGGAUUUGCACUGUUAUAAACAUCAAUAAGACACAUGAAGCCACACACACAAACACAUACACACACCCUCACCCUGUCCCAAAAUCCCUUCCAAAAGAAUCGAACAUCUCCUCUGACCUUUCAUAUUAGUGUGGUUUUUGCGCAUUUGUCAUCAAUGAUGAUUCCUUGGUUGUGUGUGCGUAUGUGUGUGUUCUGUGUGUUAUCUCGAGUAUUUUUUAAGAAAAUGUAAGAGCAGUGUGUUGACAGUGUUGGAGAUAAAUGGGAUUUGGUGGUUCUGCCACCUGAUGAUGGCUAAUGUGUUUCCAUCUCAGCUCAAAAUGAAAUUGUGUGGAAUUCUGCACCCGCUCCCCCUCCCAAAAUCAUAUUUUCCCUCUAUCUUCUGAAAACUUUCUUAUACUUUUUGGACAUUUGUUUACUCGCUCCUAUCACUUGACACCCACUCACCAUGUUAAACAACUUCCAAAUCAAGUGUUUUACCCUGACACAAGCUGUGUUCAUGUACCUUUCCCUUUUUUAUUUCUGCUCUAUUGUUCAGCGCAUCUUUUACAACCACUCUGGUCUGAAAUAUCACUGUGCUUAAGAAGGCUCAUGUAUACCAUUUGUCUGAAUGAUUUUUUUUUUUUUUUUUUCUCCUAAGUGAGUUUAUUUUGAUCAAGUUCUGUAUGUUUUUGUUUUAAUAGCUGUGCUUGGUUUCGCCCCAUCCUUCCAUGUGUUGUCUUCUGCUUUCAGGUGCAGAAUUCCUAAUAGCUUCUCAUAUUUUGCAGUCCUUUUAUAUUGUUUUCUUUUUCAUUGCACACACAUCUUUUGCUUUUUUGCUUUUUAUUUUUAAAAAUUCAAUUUAAUAUGCUUCUAACAAGUAAAAUAAAAGUAAGAUUAAGGUGCCUAAAGACUCUAAAUAAAACAAAAAAAAAAAAAAAAACCC